CCGCAUCAUCGAACCCGGCAGCGUUGUGGGGGGGUUUGAAAGAUGACGAUUGUUGUGAUGUUGACCGUGGACGCGGUUUUUUGAUACAUUUGCGGCUCUUUUCUUUUUUUUCUCCCCCCCUCGCUGUCGCGCGGAAUCGUAUUCUAGGCGCGUAUCGGCAACAAGCUCGCGAAGAGUAGAAUAGCUGCGGAUGAAGUAGCGCAGGCCGCCCGGGCCUCGCUUGUUUUUGUUUCGUAUUGCGCGGGUUUCGCGCUAGCCGCCGUGCUAACCGAGGGGGGUCCGCCGCAGAACCCUCGCACGCGCACCGAAUUCACGUUUUGUGUCCGAUGUCCGGACGCGAGGGAAGCCGUCGCCGCUCACGACCGUAGCUAACGUCCAUUCAGAUGACCGAAGCUUCACCGCCGUGACGGUUAGCUAGCUAGCUAGCUAGCGCAUUAGCGCGAAUGCAGGACGGCGCUAGCUUAGCUCUGUUUGCUAGUUCGUUGUCAGCCCGACCGGCGCGUCUACUAAACGUUACUGCGCUGCACGAGCAGCGACGUUGCGUAUAUAAUAAAUAUACGUGGGUUACAAUGUGCUCAUGCUGGCCGAUGGGGAAUCGGUGUGCUGGUACGCCGUGGAUUGGAUUAAACGACAAUGUUAUUAUCGAGGCGCGCAGCAUCCCGUUGCCCACAGGCAGCACAUUCGGUGCAGUUGUUACAGGGGAUAUUGCAUGUAAACAAGUCCGGUUGCUGUUAGUGACACAAUUCGAACCCUUUUAUACUUCAUAGUUCUGCAUUGGUGGAUAACAACAUUUGCCAAUCGCGUAUGGGAGAGGACCUGUUUGAAAUGAAUGAUCCACAUGUCAGCUUCCCACCGUGGAUCAGUUGAAGUUAUCCCCAACACAUCUGCCCCCAUAAUGUAACGUCUACACUGACUAUGUAUUAAUAGAAUCCUGGAUAACUAAGUGGACAAAAGCAUAUCUUAUUUCUUAUGAUUAUACACUAAAUAUUAUGUAUUCAAUGCGUCACGGCAUUGUAGGUUUUUACAUGGAAUUUGUUUUGAAAAAUAGCGUUCAACCCAUUCUCGACAUUCAUACAUAAUAGUUCAGCUUUUCAGCCCUCGGUCAGACUAUAAUGCCACACUUAAGUCAUCUGUAAGGAAUGAAAAAGAGAAACUUACUGCAUUUAAACUGGCCUGCUGCUACUAACUCAUGCACUAAGAAAUUCCUGUUUGAAUGAGUUCAACCUAAGGAGUGCUGAUAAACGUUAUAUGUGUAUAAAUGUCUAAUAUGUGCUGAAUACUGCUUUUUAAACCAAUUUCAUGUAAUCUAUUUAAGACAUGACACAUUAACACCUGCAUUUAUGAAUGCCACAGUUUUGUAAAUAAACUGUUAAAGUUAAAUGCCCUUCAUGACUUUUUUUUGUAGUGCACAUGGUUACAGAAAUACAAUUACAGAUUCAUUUUUAUUUCAUUCCAAGUACGUGUUGAAUCAUAUAAUCAUAAACACGUUUUACAACACAGAUACUAGUAGGUUUUGAGGUCUUUUUAAUUGGCUCACCCAGUGAGGCCAAGCACUGUGAUACCCAGAUAAUCGGGGUACACUUCCCGGUCCCCGUCCUCCCCGUUUUUUUAUUUAUUUUUUUACAAUGGGGACCAUGAGCCCGCUCUGGCACUUUACGGGCCCCGACCCCCACGAAAGCGCCACGCGAUACCGAAGAAACGUGUCAACCAAGACGCAAAGUUCUUUCUACCGUGGAUCCAGCUGUGCAAACCAGGUGGCUAAUCAUGGAUGAGCACGUCAUUCACCAGACAGAACACAUGACCACCAUAGAGGCCAGCGCCGUCAGCCAGCAAGUUCAUCAGGUACACGUGGCCACCUACACCGAAGCUUCCAUGAUGAGCGCAGAGGAAGACUCGACGUCUUCGCCAGAUGAUGACCCUUAUGACGACACGGACAUCCUCAACUCUGCUGGCACGGAUGAGAUCACCGCUCACCUGGCGGCCGCAGGGCCAGUUGGCAUGGCAGCUGCUGCUGCCGUAGCAACAGGAAAGAAAAGGAAGAGGCCUCAUAUCUUUGAAUCCAACCCCUCCAUCCGCAAGAGGCAGCAGACACGUCUGCUAAGGAAACUGCGAGCCACCCUGGACGAGUACACCACCCGAGUGGGCCAACAGGCCAUCGUGCUGUGCAUCUCCCCCUCCAAACCCAACCCCGUGUUCAAGGUGUUCGGGGCGGCUCCUCUGGAGAAUGUGGUGAGGAAGUACAAGGGCAUGAUGCUGGAGGAUCUGGAGAACGCUCUGGCGGAACACGCCCCCGCCGGUGGAGACCUGGCCUCAGAGUUGCCGCCCCUCACCAUCGACGGCAUACCUGUCUCCGUGGACAAGAUGACCCAGGCCCAGCUGCGAGCGUUCAUCCCCGAGAUGCUGAAGUACUCGACGGGCCGAGGGAAGCCCGGCUGGGGGAAGGAGAGCUGCAAGCCAGUGUGGUGGCCGGAGGACAUCCCCUGGGCCAACGUCCGCAGCGACGUCCGCACAGAGGAGCAGAAACAGAGGGUGUCUUGGACGCAGGCGUUGCGGACUAUCGUUAAGAACUGCUACAAGCAGCACGGCCGCGAGGAUCUGCUGUACGCUUUCGAAGAUCAGAUCACGACGACCACCACCCAUCACCAUCUGACCACGGCGCAGAGUAUCGCUCACCUCGUUCCCCAACAAACCGUCGUACAGACCAUCAACAACCCCGACGGAACGGUCUCGCUCAUCCAGGUCGGCACGGGACACACGGUCGCCACCCUGGCAGAUGCGUCGGAGCUGCCGGGCGUCACAGUGGCUCAGGUCAACUACGCCACUGUGACUGACGGAGAGAUUUUCCCUCUGCAGGUGGAACAGAACUGGGCCACCCUCCAGGGGGGUGAGAUGACAAUCCAAACCACUCAGGCCUCAGAGGCCACGCAGGCGGUAGCAUCCCUGGCAGAUGCCGCCGUAGCUGCCAGUCACGAAAUGCAGCCAGGAGCCACAGUCACGAUGGCUCUUAACAGUGAGGCAGCAGCCCAUGCUGUAGCCACGUUGGCAGAGGCCACCCUGCAAGGCGGGGGGCAGAUUGUCCUGGCAGAGACAGCCGCUGCUGUCGGGGCGCUGGCAGGAGUUCAAGAUGCCACAGGUCUGGUCCAGAUCCCAGUCAGCAUGUACCAGACCGUAGUGACCAGCCUCGCCCAUGGAAACCGGCCCGUCCAGGUCGCCAUGGCACCCGUCGCCACGCGCAUCGAGAACACUGUCACGCUGGACGGCCAGGCGGUGGAAGUCGUGACUCUUGAACAGUGACAAUUAAGGCCCUGGAAGGAGUAGGAGGCACUUGAACGGCCACCAUGGAGAUUUGUCCAUCCUACUGUUUCCAGCACAUCGCGCUGUGUACAAUGUCAAAUAUAUUUUAAAUGUACACCCUCAGGGGAGGGUGAAAUUGAGUUAACAAUGUGUUUACUAUGUAAAGAUGUUGUUUUUUUUGUUGGUACAUUUUUCUCCCAAUUAGCGUUUUUUUUUUUUUUUAGCUCUGUGAUGUUGAGUAUUUAGUAUUUAUUUGUUUACAAUGAACCUUUACUUAAAACAAAGAUGAACCAAAAUGCCCGGGGAGGAAAGCCAGCACUGGUAUGGAUUUUCAUCACUGUUGUCCGUGUGCUUCACUGUUUUGUUUUUAGGAUGCAUUUACAAUCCAGUGCCAUAGUCGGACGUCCCUCCCUUUUAUGAUUCCCAUAUCGUUGAUCACUAUUCUAAAAAGGUCACUGUUUCCGCCUCAACCUUGAAUGCCAGCAUUGGAGCUCAAAGACAUUUCACACAUUAGAUUAUGAAAUACUACGUUGAAAUACCAUCUUGUAUUGCAUCGUGCGCAUUUCCCUGUGCGGUUUUGUUGUAGUCCGCGCGCACAUGCCAUGAUUUGUGAAGACUCAGGAUACACCACAAGCUGUUUGUUUUUGUUUGUUUUUUUACUGCUGGAUUACUGAGCUGCCAUCCCAAAGCAGCUAAUUUGUCUAUUGGAUCCGUUUAUUUACAGUGCAUGGAUAGGGGCACCCCUUGGCAUGUUAUUUUUUAAACACAAACUGUAUGUCACUGAGGAUUUGUUGGUCUGCAUCACCUUGUAUAUCGAAAGCAGUUCUUCCUCUCGGGCUGCAGGAUGUGUGAUGCUAAUAUAAAACAUCUUGCAACAAAAACAUGUGAUUGCCAAGAAUCACCUUGGUUUAAUGCAGCCACAACAGUUGGUUGAACUCUCACCACUAUUUAAAAGAAGGUCCAAUAAAACGACUGACUGUUCACCAUUCA